GUACAGGCUUUUUGUCAUUUGCGAGUCAAGUAACGAAAAUCGGUCCCCGUUUGGGAUUGCCUUACACAAGUAUUUACAACGAAUGCAGCCACCGGACUCCGAGAAACUGAAGUCAUAUGUGGUUAAACAUUUGACAGUUCCAAACAGCAGAAUGCAUUCUGCAGCAGUGGUGGAGAUAAAUUGGUCGUCUGUACGCCUUGUCAAGUCAAAUCGUGCCGGUGUUUGCAAGUCACUUUAUGUGAAACGGGUUGGUGAGCGUCUCGUUACUGAAGCGAACGAACUUAAUUUAGAGACAAAACUUGUGUCAAUACCUUUACAAGAAAAACGAAUAAAUAUUGAUGAAGUAGUACAAGUAUUGGUGGAACAUACCCCUCUACCCGGAGUGGAAAGUCCCAGAUUGUUUCAUAUCGAUAGCUCAACUGAGGUCGAAGACGGUAUAGAUUUUUUCCUGUUCAACCUUUUGAUUCUAAAUUGUGUUGUUGACAAGCACGGCUAUGUUUGGAGAAGAGACGACAAUGACCUGUAUCUCAUUGAAGCCAUGCCGAUGAUGAAGAAAAGUAAUAGCAAUUCACAAACGGAUUACAAACAUCCAGUGUUUAGCAUUUUACCCGAUGUUAUAUGCAAGUCACCACAGGAAAGCCUAAUUGAAUCUGAAGGCCAUCCAAACAGUGACAAAAAAGAAGAUUUGCCUGAUCAACGUUUCGAUGAAACAAACUUCAAAAGCGUGGAAUUUCAACGCGCGUAUAAAUAUCUUCGCAAGUUAGAUCAGACACAAAAAGUGGUGAACUCAACAGAGGCGGCUGACACACAAACAAGUUGUUUAAAUGUUUUAUUGAGACGGUGUGGCAUAGGUAACCCAUCGUGUUCAGAGAUACACCACUUUGUAUCUUAAGUUUCCUGAACACACAACUCGUUGAUUAUGAACAAAACCAGUUUGUGAGCUGUGCUGCAGAGGAAGAUCUUCCUGGGUUUUCCACUUUUGUUCUGCGAUUCCUAAUACAGAUGUCAAAGGAUUUUGCUACGCGUUCACUCAACAUAAGUGAAGAUAAUUCUGAUAACAUGGAAUCAUCGCCGAACGUUGAACAAAAUCUAACGGCGAUGACAUUAGUGAAGAUAACCCUAAAUCAUCAUCUACUGUUAACGGUGACACGGUGCUCAGUCGCUUCGAGCUUAGAAGAACGUGGGAGACAAGCCCUCAUCCGUACAUUCUUUUCAACUUUGAUCGUGGGUCAUUUA